AUGUCCUCCGAUCUUACAUUCAUCAAUCUGUCCGGCUCAAAGCCACGCAAGAAAGGCACUGAUCUUGAUACUCAAACUCGUGUCAGGUCUCAUGUGAUGAAAAACGUGAGAAGGAGGCAGCGCUUGGAAGAUACAAGAAGUCAGUCGCAACCAUAUCCCAUCCCGCCCGAAUAUGAGGAUUCAUUGCGAGCCGCGGCUGGCAAGUCCAUCCAAGUGACGCCUUCAAGAACUUGUGAGACGUGCGAUCAGGAUUCAUCCAGUGUCAGAAGCAGCUCGUUAGAGACUCCUGGGUCUUCGGGCAAAGGACACGCCUCGGCCGUGAGCAAUGCUCCUGAGAAUCAAGGGGUUCCAUUAGAAAGUUUCGGGCUUGCACCAGUCGCUGCCACGCAUCGGGGAUCCAGAUCUGCACCAUUUUCACUCAACCAACAAGCACCAAGAGAGGACUAUUGCAUUGACGAGGAGCAGCCUGAAACUCCGAAAGUCAUCGCAGACAAUGGCAGGGUCUUGCUCCCCACGCCAUUCUUUGGAUCCCAAAUCGGAGAUUCUGUCUCAUCAACUGUUCCGCCAAAGGAAUUCUCCAAACUUCUUUCCACCAUGGAAACGUAUUCGAGCUUUUUGUCCGAGCCAUUAGCAUUGAUGGGUAACCAUCCACGACCCUUCACCCGAUCCCAACGGACGCUGUUCCAGAAUUGCUUUGAGGACCAGGCUUUCGAUGAAUUGAUCCUCUUCACAAUCCGGCUGAGCCAUCUCGGUCAUACAACUGCCAUCGCUUAUCGUUCUGAGAACGUGCCGCUGUGCGUUCACAUGAAAGCAAAUGCCCUGUCUCGAAUACAGCAUCAUGUCUCGACGACGACUGAGAUGCCGCCGAUCCCUCUCAUCGGGGCCAUUAUGUUCUUCUUAUCAUUUGAGAUCAUCAGGGAUGGCCCGGCUGUGCCUAUACACCUUGCUGGGUUGGCUAGACUGGUCAAGAUGCGUGGAGGACUCGCAUCCCUCCCUGGCCCACCAUAUCCAAUCGUGCCAGGAAUUGUAGCAUGCGAUCUUACCCUUGCUGCCACGACGUCUCGUAUGGAUCCUGUAUUUGUCCAAAUGGGCCGUCCGCGCCUGAAGUCCGGCGCGAACGAUAUGUACACAGACCUCCACCAAAGCUCACCUUUGAUGCAAUUCGAAAGUUUUCAGGGUUUACGACGUCUGUACAGGGAUACCCCAGACGUUUUGGUCGACGUUCUAGAGCAAGCGUUUCUUGGGACGUGCAAAAAUCUUGCCACCAAAGAUAUCUCAUCGAGAAAACCAGCUGACAGGAAUAUGCAGCAAAUGUUCCAAGAGAAGGAAUCCCGGUAUCCCCGGACAGAGAUCCCGUUCGUUGUCGCGGAGUCAUGCAGCGUAGCAGGGACGAUAUAUUAUCGUGCAACACACAAGAAGAUUCCAUUCGAGGACCCGGUCAACCGGGACGAUAGCAAGAGAUUGGGGGCAUUUCUGAAUAGCGCGAGUUUGGAUGACUGGCGAGGUAUACCAUAUCUUUAUCUCUGGGUAAUCCUUACCGGUGCCGCGGCAGCACAGUGUCAUCCAGAGCGACAGUAUCUAGUCGCAAGGCUGUUUCAAUUUGGGUUCAGCAUUGGCCUGGAACAGGAGGAAGAUUUCAAGCAAAUCUGCCUGAACUUUAUCUGGUUGAGACAUCAGAUCCGGGCGUCAGAAGCAGCAAAAGUUCAUACUGGAGUCCUGGAGACUCGACCGUCUAAGAGGUAUACUUGA